AUGCAAGAGUCUGAAUUGCCUUUUGUAGGCGCAAACCCUCCAGAAGCAGCUGGCCAAGGAGAUGGACCCGGUCCUCCAAGUCUGCAGAUAAUCGUGCUGGGUCCGACAGGAGGUCCCCGUGAGGAUAGAGUCACUGGACUUCUAGUCCGAUCCACAUCCACCAAAUGGUCCGCAAACUCGAUCGUAGCUGUUGAUGCGGGCACCCUUCUAUGUGGCAUUAUCGACACUUUGGAACCAUGUGAUAAUAACCAAAAGUCGUCGGAUCAGGGGCCAUUUGCUGGGCUCGAACUGCCACAUAACAAUGUACCAGCAAAUGCAGCCCAUGUUUUCCGGCAUAUUAUCGGCGCUGUCUGCAUCACACAUCCUCAUCUAGACCACCUGUCAGCGUUUGCCAUCAACACUCCAGUUCUGGAGGCUGGAAGUGGCGCGAAAACGCUGGCCGCUCUGCCUUCGGUGGUUGCUGCCAUUAAGACUCACGUGUUUAACGAUGUAAUUUGGCCAAACCUCUCUGAUGAGGAUGGCGGUGCUGGCCUUGUUACCUACCAGCGACUUAUGGAGGGCGGAAACCCCAUGAUGGGGCGUGGUGAUGAAAAAGGCUAUACGCGAGUCUGCGAGGGCUUGUUGGCAAAAUGCCUGGCUAUCAGUCACGGGUGUUGCAGGCAGAGAUCAAGCGUCGACAAUGACAUUCAACGCCGGAUGAGCAGCGCCCCUUUUGGUGUUGACCCAAUGAGAUUGAACCCAAGGGCCUAUUCGAUGUCAUUCGACGAGCCAGAGACCGGCUACUUUUCCGGAGCACGUUCGCCAGGCUAUCGCGUACCCGGCAAGGAUGGCUGGGCCACCGUGGAGUCGUCAGCUUUCUUCAUCCGUGAGCCUACGACAAAGCGAGAAGUGAUCAUCUUCGGCGACGUUGAACCUGACUCGAUCUCAAUGAAUCCGCGCAACAGACGCGUGUGGGAAGCAGCAGCCCCGAAGAUCGUUGCCUCUCAACUGCGAGCGAUCUUCAUUGAAUGCUCCUAUAACGAUGAUGUUGACGACGCCUCCUUAUACGGCCAUUUGUGCCCACGUCACUUGAUCGAUGAAUUGAUUGUAUUGGCACAGAAGGUUACAGAAUUGAAAUACCCGGAUUCGUUUUCGAUAAGAAAACGCAAACGUGCAAGUGCCCCCGAGGCAGCCGGCGAUCCAGCUCUCAGUCCCAAGUCAAAGAAGGCUGCUCUCGCUGGCGAGAAAAGUGGAGGAGGCUCUCGUCGGGGAUCGGCCAGGACGUCACGUCGCCAUACGCGUGCCAGAGUUGCUGUAGAAGACAUUGACGAAAACAUGGAAGGAAGCCCAGCCGUUUCCCACGCUCCGAGUGAAGUUGGUAUGGAUGUGUCGCUGGCAGAAAGUUCAGACCCUCUCACGGUGCUCCAGUGGCCAGAACCACCUCUGUCCGGACUACUGGUCUAUAUCAUACAUAUUAAGGACGAUAUGAAUGAUGGCCCACCUCCUCAGGAGCGGAUCCUGCAAGAACUCAAAGCCCAGGGACAAGCUGCCGGACUAGGAUGCGAAUUUCGAGUCCCCACACGUGGCGAGAGCGUUUUGAUCUGA